GAAAAGCUUUAACACCUGAGUCCAAUGACCUAGGCUUUUCCCAGCAACGCCCUCCUAGCCCAUAUCCACGCACAGACCCUUGUUCUGGGACCUAAAAACAGCCGAAGUCCCUUUAGGUGUCUGGCAGCAUUCCAGACUUAUCUUCUUACCCCAUCCCAUUGGAUGGGAGAUGGCUAGCCGAGUUCCCACCAAAUCAUACCCCCUGUCGCCAGUAUUUACACGGGAGUCUCUGCUAGGUGGCAUGAAUGCAUUUUAAGGAAGUCUGUUUGUCACCUCCUAGGCCACUAGCUUCACAGAUCAGCGGCAGUCAAUGGCCAAAGAAUCCCGCGGGGCAAAUUCUCACCCUCCUUUUGGGGGAGCAGGGACAUACCACUCAAACUCUAGGGACAUAUGCAAGUAGUUCACGCGCUGGCAACAUAGCCAAUUCAACUCCUUGUCCUACGUCCUCUGAGUGCCCAGCAAAACGGAAAAGAACCGCUCUGCUCCUUCUGACACCUUCCUUCCUGAGCCCGAAACGGAUUUUGCCAACCCAGGUGUCCCAGAGGGACCCAGCUGCAGGAGAAGGCAGGCCAGGAUGCUCUCGGGGAGGCUAUGCCACUUCGGGAAGGAGCUUAGGAUCUGCCUAGCGCGGGCAGUCCAGAAAAACCAGGCUUGUGGCGCCGGAGGGAUCUCCCAGACCGGCAAGAGUUAAAGGGAGGGGACGUGGGCUGUCACGCGUCAUUGGGCAGAUUAUGUGCAGCAAACAAAAAGUGUGUGUCUGCGUGCCAGUCAGUCAUUGCAUCGGGUCCAUCUGUACAACUCUCUCUCUCUCUCUCUCUCUCUCUCUCUCUCUCUCUCUCUCCUAAUCUAUCUGCAUCUCUCUUCUCUCUUUGGACAGAACCCACAAGACUGACACCGACACCUCUUGACAUGGAGAUACACUAAUGUAAUAGGCAGGAAGGAACACUGGCUUGCACCCCGUUGGUUCCAGGUGGCCUUAUUUGGGCGACUCGGUCCUGACCUUAUUUCUGGUAAGUCUAUUUGCUUUGACCUGGGAGGGGGAUGGGAAGAGGACAGGUUGAGUACAAGGAGUGAAAAAAUUGUCCCCCUUUUCCUCGUUAUCUAGAAGAUAGGAGGGAAACGACGCGGAAUGUUGUUUCCACUGCCAAUAAGAUUAUACAAAGGGAGGAGCGGGUAGGAGCACUUUUCUGGAGAAGCUAGGGACUGGGGAGCUCGCGGCUGCCAGACAAUGCCAGCCCGGAGUGGAGGGAGAGCAUCCGGCAGUAGCGACCGGCUUUCAGCGAGCCCAGCUGGCUCUGAGUUUCCCAGGAGGAUCUGCGAAGGAAGAGAACCCGGGCCUAGGGAUGGGCGUAGGACUGUGAAAGGCUAGAUACUAUAAAGCCCGGGGUCCUGCCUAUCGCUAUUGUGGCUGAUUUGCGUCAAGGCGGCCACCGAGGCAGCAUGGACCGCUAUUAGCCCGGCUGUGGGACCUUUUCGCUGUAUUGUUAGAUAGAACUGCAUUUUAAUGACUGAGUCCCUGCUGUUGCCAAAGUGGAGGGCGAUCUCCUGUCACAAUAAAAAGCUUCUGUGAAGAAUACUUUCAAACGCGAGGCAGAAAUCAAGGUACAAACCGUUGAAAUGUAGGCAACUGGGAAGAGAAAGAGGGUUUAUACUGAAAGGGAGCUGAGAGAACCUGUAUUCUGCAACGUAUUUGACUUGCAAUUGGAAAUCAGAAGGGGACAGGACGAGUGCAGAAACAGAAAGUAGUAUCAUAAACUUUCUAUGUUGUGGCUAUUUUUCUUAUUCCCACUGUCUGGAAAAUAUACUUGCCAUUUGGGGCAUAUGGGAGAACGAAUAGGAAAGGGGCUAGCCAAAGUUACAGGCAUUGCAUUUUCUUACAUUUGUAUGGCAAUUGGCUAGUGGAUGUUGAUUUAAACAAAAUACACAUCGCCUAUAUUUUUCUUUAAUGAGAAGCUAGCUGAACAAGAAAAGAGUAAGAUCGGUUUUCCCCACGGCCACUUAAGGUAUAUAAAUACAGAGACAAUCACUGUCACUGGUGAAACUGCUAGGGAAAAACCAACUUAGAGGAAUUGUUAGAUUUCCCCAAGAAAAAUGGCAUGGCUAACUAAGACCUAGUUUAAAUAAUUUAAAUGAUUGCUUUCUUUAAGUGCUAAGUAUUACAGGGGGUGUCCAGUGGCUGAGGAAGGAAACGAUCCCUGUAAGACGGCUUAAUAGAGAGCCCGCCACUGGGGCAUUACUUCUAAAUUGCUGCGGAUUAAACAGCUGGAGGGCCCACUCAGGACCAUUCAAGCAGGGCUGACCCCUUCUAGCCCAAACAGGGUGGUAUCAAGGGAAGUGAGAAUUCACCAGUCAUUACACACAGAAUUUCAGACAGGGGACACUUCAAGCCUGCCCUAUACCUGCUCGCUUCAUGGGCCACAGGCGACUCAAUCCACCCUCUUGUAUAACAAGGUAACUGGGAUUCAACCUCAUCCAUAAAUAAGCAUGUCGAGAAAAAAUAAUUACCUCUGCUUGCUGCUUUUAAUUAAAGCCUCAGAGGGACAGUGCUGGAUUAUGGUAAUGAGCAGACAUGCGUCCCUUCUUGUAGGCUGCAAAGAAAGGUUAGCUGACAUAGAAUUAGUGGCCCUGACACUCCACUUGAAAUCCAUUCGCCAUGCUCCGUGGUCCCCGCCUGCUAGCUAAGGCUGCUCCCCUUGUUAGAAGAAAAGAAGAAAUCACAAUGAGACACUGGGCUUAGUACAUAGGACAGGACUGUCCCCCAAAGAUUAAAAGUGCGGGUUUUUUUUUUGGGGGGGGAGUUAUGCAGUCAGAAAUUUUGCAUAUGCUGGUUUUAAAGCAAACAAACCUACAAAAGCCCUACCUUCGCCCCAAUGCCCCACUCUAUAAAUCCCGAGGUAGCAUAGACACAGCCUGCUCCAGUCUUCACCGGCUCUCUAUUUUCUUUUUCUCAAGCAGGAAGUGUGCUCCCAUGCUUCCUGUUCCAGUUAUUUAAAAGGAAGGAAUAAUACUUCGAAGUUGGCAUCUUUAAAGCAUGACAGAUUGAUCGGCUUUAUUUUUAAAGUAGGAGCUAUGUAAAAAAGCCGGCAAGUGCAAAGAAAAUAUGUCUGGUAGCGGAAACGCUCUGCCGAGGUUCGUAGCAGAAAAGGCAAUAACAACUCUCUUCUCGUCCUGGGUAUCUGUCUCCAGUGAUGGAGGAUUCAGGCAUCCAGAGAGGCAUCUGGGAUGGAGAUGCCAAGGCUGUCCAACAGUGUCUGACAGACAUUUUUACCAGUGUAUAUACAACCUGCGACAUCCCAGAGAACGCCAUAUUCGGUCCCUGUGUACUGAGCCAUACUUCCCUGUAUGACAGCAUAGCCUUCGUAGCCCUCAAGUCCACGGACAAGAGAACAGUACCUUACAUCUUCCGGGUAGACACUUCGGCGGCAAAUGGUUCCUCAGAAGGUCUCAUGUGGCUGCGGCUGGUCCAAUCAGCCCGAGAUAAGGAAGAACAGAAUCUCGAAGCUUAUAUAAAAAAUGGACAGCUGUUCUACCGCUCUCUCCGCAGGAUUGCCAAAGAUGAAGAGUUACUAGUUUGGUACGGGAAAGAACUGACUGAAUUGCUCUUGCUCUGCCCGUCUAGAGCUCACAAAAUGAACGGGUCGUCUCCUUACACAUGCCUGGAAUGCAGCCAACGUUUCCAGUUUGAGUUCCCCUAUGUGGCACAUCUGCGAUUCCGCUGCCCCAAGAGACUUCACAGCACUGAUGCGAAUCCCCAAGACGAGCAAGGGGGCGGCUUGGGCACUAAGGACCACGGCGGCGGCGGCGGUGGUAAAGAGCAACAGCAGCAGCAACAGCAGCAGCAACAGGAGGCGCCGUUGAUCCCGGGCCCCAAGUUCUGCAAAGCCGGCCCCAUACACCACUACCCCGCGUCAUCCCCGGAGGCGAGCAACCCGCCGGGCUCCGCGGGUGCCGGCAGCGCCAAGCCGUCCACGGACUUCCACAACUUGGCUCGGGAACUGGAAAACUCCCGGGGAAGCAGCAGUUGCGUAGCGGCCCCGGGCGUCGGCAGUGGCGGCAGCGGCCACCAGGAGGCGGAGCUGAGUCCCGACGGCGUCGCCACCGGCGGCUGCAAAGGCAAGAGGCGGUUCCCAGAGGAGGCGGCGGCGGAGGGCGGCGGCGCGGGGCUGGCGGGCGGCCGUGCGCGCUUCUCCGAGAGGCCGCUGGCGACCUCCAAGGAGGAGUUGGUGUGCACGCCGCAGCAGUACCGCGCCGCCGGCAGCUACUUCGGCCUGGAGGAGAACGGCCGGCUCUUCGCGCCGCCCAGCCCGGAGACUGGCGAGGCGAAGCGCAGCGCCUUCGUGGAGGUGAAGAAGGCGGGCCGCGCGGUGGGCUUGCAGGAGGAGGCGGCGGCGACAGACGGCGCAGGGGGCACGGCCGAGGACCCCGACGCGGGAGGCGGUGUCGCCGGCGGCGGCAGCAACGGCUCGUCCACCCCCGCGGCGGGGUCGCCUGGGGCCCCCGAGAAGUUGCUGGCUCCGCGUCCCGGAGGCUCUCUGCCCGGACGGCUGGAGGGCGGGAGCCCCGCGCGCGGCAGCGCCUUCACCUCGGUGUCGCAGCUGGGCGGCGGUGGCGGCGCGGGGACCGCGGGGACUGCGGGGGGCUCGGGGGGCGGCCAAACGGCCGCAUCGGACGAGCGGAAGAGCGCCUUCUCGCAGCCCGCGCGCUCCUUCUCGCAGCUGUCCCCGUUGGUCCUCGGCCAGAAGCUGGGCGCUCUCGAGCCGUGUCACCCGGGAGACGGCGUGGGUCCCACCAGACUCUACCCGGCCGCCGCCGAUCCGCUGGCUGUGAAGCUGCAGGGGGCAGCGGACCUGAACGGAGCCUGCGGGCCCCUGGCGAGCGGCGGUGGCGGUGGCUUGCCCAAGCAGAGCCCCUUCCUCUACGCCACCGCCUUCUGGCCCAAGAGCUCGGCUGCGGCGGCAGCGGCGGCGGCGGCCGCCGCCGGGCCCCUGCAGCUGCAACUGCCCUCCGCGCUCACCCUGCUGCCGCCCUCCUUCACUUCGCUGUGUCUGCCCGCGCAGAACUGGUGCGCCAAAUGCAACGCCUCCUUCCGCAUGACCUCCGACCUGGUGUACCAUAUGCGGUCUCACCACAAAAAGGAGUAUGCCAUGGAGCCCCUGGUGAAGCGGCGGCGGGAGGAGAAACUCAAGUGCCCCAUUUGCAACGAGUCCUUCAGGGAGCGUCACCACCUGUCCCGGCACAUGACCUCGCAUAAUUAAUUGUUGCGUAAAAGACUCCGGCUUUCCACGCGUGUGCACGCACAGUCAAGCCACCUGCAGGAGCAGACACGCGAGGAUGACAUCCACCACUACCUUAUGCCCCCAAACACUGCAACCAAACACGUGCACACACAGGUCCCUCCCCUCGCCAGGAGCCUCAUCAUCCAAAUGUUUAAUUUCACACACACACACACACACACACACACACACACACACACACACGCACGCACGAACGCACACACGGACGCACGCACACGAUGCACAGGAUGGUGGAUUUUGGAUUGGGUGGGUUGUUUGAGCGGGGUUUUCUUUUGAAUGCACGAAUUUUCACUUUCCCAAAAACAAAAGUACAUUUUUAAAAAAAUGUCAUAUAUUGCAACAUAUUGAUGCAUUUGUCAUACGUUUCUACUUAAAUUAUUAAGCACUUAUGGUUUAGAUGUAAUAAUUAUAUGUAAGGACAAAGUUUAUUUUAGAUAUAAAGUAAUGGAGGAAGAGGAGAUGCGUUCUGCAUUUCCUGAUGACAGCUGUGUUCUUACAAAAAUAAACAAAAUGGAUAAAAAGGGGGGCGCCAUUCGGUUUAAGUUUCCAGGGGGAAGUGCAUGUAUCAUGAAAUGAUUAUGGACUUCAGUGAAGAAUGUCAUCAAUGAUGUAAAUAUGUAUUCCCUUUUAAUACAAAGUGUAAUUUUGUGCCAGUGACAUGGAGUCUGAAUAGUUAUGUGUUUCUUCUAUCCCUAAGAGAUUUAUUAAACGGUAUAGUUUAUCCAGGUAUGUUGGAUGCUUUGACAAUAAAUAACUAUUUUCCUCAAAGCAAA